AUGGCGGCGCUGUGGAGGGGCUGCGGGCGGCUGCUGGCGCGGCACCCCGGGGCGGCACAGGCGCUCACCGCCGGGGCCCUCAUGGGAGCUGGGGAUGUGAUCGCACAGCAGCUGGUGGAGCGGCGGGGGCUGCAUGGGCACCAGGGCACCCGCACCCUGAAAAUGUUGGCCAUUGGCUUCUGCUUUGUGGGCCCUGUUGUGGGCAGCUGGUACAGGAUCCUGGAUCGGCUCAUCCCGGGGAACACAAGAGUCGUGGCUGUGAAGAAGAUGGUUCUGGACCAGGGGGGGUUCGCACCGUGUUUCCUUGGCUGCUUCCUGGCCAUCACGGGGGCCACGAACGGGCUGUCAGUGCAGGAUAACUGGUCCAAGAUUCAGCAGGACUACACAGAUGCCCUGAUGACCAACUACUGUAUCUGGCCACCCGUGCAGAUUGCAAACUUCUACUUCGUGCCCCUGCAGCACAGGCUGGCUGUUGUCCAGUGCGUUGCCAUCGUCUGGAACUGCUACCUCUCCUGGAAAGCAAAUCAGAUGUGAGGCAGAAGCCGUGUCCCACCCCUGUCCCCAACCUGUGUGCUGCCUGGCCCUGCCGCACCUCUGGAGCCCUCUGAGUGGGUGCCUGUGGCUGUGGCCAGGCUGAAACAGG